AUGGGAAUAUACGAGAGGGAUCCUAUCUGGGACGAUGUGGUACCAAUAGCACAAGAUGAUGGUGAGGGCGCUUUAGCACAAAUUGCAUACACGGAUGAAUACGCAGAGGCAAUGGGAUACCUUCGCGCCGUAAUGGCAAGCAAAGAAUACUCACCUCGCGUUCUCGAACUUACUGAACACAUCAUUACCCUUAACGCAGCUCAUUAUACAGUCUGGCUUUACCGUGCCACAACUCUCUUUGCACUAUCUUCCUCUGUAGCCGACGAACUCGCAUUUGUGAAUCAAAUUGCGCUGGAAAAUCAAAAAAAUUAUCAGAUCUGGCACCAUCGACAACUUCUCAUCGAUCACCUCUACCCCUCCAUUUCACCCUCUCCUUCGUCGCUCAAUGUGCUCGCAGAUUCGGAACGAGAUUUUCUGACACAGAUGUUCGACGAAGAUGCAAAAAAUUAUCAUGUUUGGAGUUAUAGGCAAUAUUUGGUAUUAAAAUUGGAUAUGUUUAACGAGGCGGAACUAAAGAGUGUAGAGGAUCUGAUAAGGAGAGAUGUACGAAAUAAUAGUGCUUGGUCAUAUCGAUUUUUCCUAGUUUUCUCGGACCCAAAAUAUUCGACCAAGGGAUUGAAAGCAAAUGAAUUUGAUGGCAAGAUUCCAAAGGAGAUAGUGGAUAGAGAAAUUGAAUAUGCGAAAUCGGCGACAUAUGAAGCACCGCAGAAUCAGAGUUCCUGGAAUUAUUUGAGGGGGGUUUUGAGGAAAGGGGGUGUGAAUAUUGAGAGCUUGGAGGAGUUUGCGGGUGACUUUGUUAAGCUUGGAAAUGCAGAUGGAAAGGGGGAAGAUAUAAGGAGUAGUCAUGCAUUGGACUUUCUGGCGGAUAUCUGGGGAGAGAAGGGAGAAUGGGAAAAGGCAGACAAAGCUCUCGAGUUACUUGGUGAUAAGUACGAUAAAAUCCGAAAGAAUUAUUGGGAUUGGAGGAGGGGUUCAUUCAAGGAGAUGAAGGGAUAG